AAUUUCCUUCCACAACUUACUACGAUUUACGAAUAAUACGAUUCAGUCAAAAUCGUUUGAAAUAUUUCGUGAAGAUGACCGAAGAACAACUGCCUCAAGAAGUAACCAAACAUAGUUUUCGUCAAAAAGUAUGGGAUUACCUAAUGAAAAAUGAAUUGGUCAAUUUUCCUUCUAAUGUUUAUGACCGUAUACCAAAUUUCAAGGGUGCUGCUGAGGCAGCACAAAAUUUAUCCCAGUUAGAAGAGUUUAAACAGGCCAGGGUCAUAAAGAUAAAUCCAGAUAAACCGCAAGAACCUGUAAGAUUCUUAGCUUUAGAAGCCAAUAAAGAAAUAUUAGUUCCCAUUCCCAGAUUAAAAUCUGGUUUGUUCCUUCAUAUCACACCAGCUGCUGGUGCUUCAAAAAAUGAUUUAAGAACAUUAUCAAAGAUUCAUGGCUUAAUGACAGUUGGUAAACCACUUGAUGUGGACUCCAAAAUAAAAGUGGAUCUUGUGGUAUUAGGUUCUGUCUGCGUUAGUCGUGAUGGAUAUAGACUUGGUAAAGGGAAAGGAUUUGCAGAUUUAGAAUUUGCUAUGAUGAUGAGGAUGGGGGCAGUCACACAGGAUACUCUUGUUAUUACAACUGUGCAUGACUGUCAAAUCCUAGAUAGUCUUCCAUCUGAAAUUUUCAAAGAAUACGAUGUACCUGUUGAUAUAAUCGUCACACCUACUCAAACAAUAGUAGUAAAUCCAAAGUUAAAGAAACCUAGUGGUAUUAUAUGGCAUAUGUUGAGCGAAAGAAGGAUUAAAUCAAUGCCAGUGUUACAGCGACUAAAAGAAAUAGAGGAAAAAGAAGGUAAAGUGAUUGUUUUGAAAGAAGAGGACUCGGAUGUAGAAGCACAGAAAUCUUAUAGAAAUCGUUCUAAUUAUGUAAAGAAUAAGAAACGAUUUAAAACGAGAAGAAACGAAUCCAAUGAUAACGACAGUAACGAGCAAGGAGAAAAACAAGUAAAAACACGAUUGCCUAGAAGACGUGCAGACAAUAAAGUUAAAUCAGGCAAUGACAAUACUAUGUUUUUCAACGAAACAGAUGAGAAAACGGGAAACAGCGAAAAGAAUGUGCAACAACGUCGAAAAAGUUCGAAACCGAGACCUAAAUCUCAAGUGGAAUUUUCUUUAAAAUUAUCAAAUAUCUCACCUGACGCAAGAAUACGCGAUUUAAAGAAUGCUUUGUUACAACGCGGCAUCAAACCGAACGAAAUAACUUGGCUGGGAUAUCGCGGUAUCUGUUACCUCCACUUCAAUAAACUUCGAAAGAGCAACACCUCACCGGAACAACCGAUACAAGUUGAUUCGAUAAUGGCAAAUUUGCAACAGCUACGCAUUGGAGAAUCUACCGAAGACACAAAUAACUUUAUAAUAGUAGAACCAGCCAAACCAAUAUCUAGAAUAGAAGUUACAGACGUUACUUCUGUUUAAGAAGUAUUCAAAAGCUUUUCGAAAGUUAUACGACUAUUUAAAAUAAUAUGUUAUAUGGAUGUUGUUUUAAAUAAUUGUACAAUCUCUACCAAUAUUCAAUGUAUAUUUUUAUAAUCAAGUUUGUUUUUAUGCCGACUGCUGUUCUCUGUAAAUCAAUGGUUCUUUAUAAUUUAAGGAUAUACAAAGCUUUAUGGAUAACUUACGAUGUUUUUGUAUGCCCGAGUGCAAAAAUAAUCAUGCGUGUUGUAUGUAUAUAUAAUAAGUCGAGCGUGCAUAAUAUUAUUGAUGGUUAAGGCAUUUAAUUUAUAACCGUGUGUUUUUGAUAGUUUAUAGAAUGGCGAAAAAUUAUACAAACACUUCUUGCUCAGAGAAUUUAUGGUACAUAGGUUUGAGUCGAAGCCAAAAUGCAUAGCAUAUUUAUUGAAAUACUCCUCGACUGCAUGCGCUAUUAUUUCGCUCGGCGAGUUCGCGAUAAUUAAUAAUUAAUAAUUAAUAAUUAAUAAUUCGAAUAAUAUUUACUGUGAUCAGGAUAUUUAACGAUAAGGAUAGUGUAUUAAAUGAUUUCUCAAGAUAUUACGUAAUGAUAAAUAAUUACGUAAGAUGCAUAUCUACCAUUCGAUAACGCUUAUCUGGCAUUACAGACUGACGAUAAUCCAAUAUAUCCUUGAAUAACAUAACAUGACAUAGGAAAGAGAAUGCAAUAUUUUUUGUUUAUGCGUUGGAUACUCUAUUUUUCUGAAAUCAUAUUUUUGACUGAGAGUGAUCAAAUAAAAUUUUAAAAUGUAAGUUUGACGAAAAGUAGCAAUAUUUUUGUGAUAUAAACAAACGUAAAGAAUCGUUUUUAGAACGGAAGCAUAGGCAAUAAUUAUUUUUACCAACGUUGUUGUUUUUUUAUUAACUAUUAAUGCUAUUAUGUAAACCCAUUAGUAUCAUAAAGAACCCGCUGGUCGAAUCUCUUUGCAAUAUUGAUGUAUCAAAUAAAUUAACGUUUCUAAUUAUGGUC